AUGGAUCAAAGACUAGAGAAAUUAGAGCAAUUGCAAGAACAGAUGCAAGCUCAGAUGCAGGAAAAACUAGCCAAACUGCAGCAAGAUAUGGAAGCAUCCCAAAGAGAAUUAUUGAAUCAAUUAAAAGCUGUUAGCAAUUUGGGGGGGCACGAUAAGGGAAGAGCCCAUGGUUUCGCCCCAACUAAUGUCCAGACGCAACCAGGGGUGUACCUACAGAGGGUACCUGUCACCAUUAGAUCCCAAUACCAAGUUGGUUCCCCAGCAUCGAUGAACUUCCCAACAGGUUCGGGUUUCAAUCUCGGGGAUAAUCCUAUUAAUCCCGUAGUUCUGGAUCUCGACGAUGCAGUAGAAAUAGAGAAGACAAGAGUAGACCUGCCAAAACAAUUAGAAGACCGAUGUAAAUGGUUAGAGGAGAAGUUUCAAGCCAUGGAAAAUGUCGAUUACCAUCGAGGAAUGGACGCUAAAGAUUUGAGCCUGGUACCUGAUCUGGUGCUCCCUCCCAAAUUUAAAAUGCCGGAAUUUGAGAGGUACAACGGGACCAGUUGCCCCGAAGCCCAUAUCACUAUGUUUUGUAGGAGGAUGACGGGAUACAUCAACAAUGAUCUAUUGUUGAUUCAUUGCUUCCAUGACAGUUUGAUCGGCUCAGCGGCUAGAUGGUACAACCAAUUAAGUCGGGCCAACAUUCAUUCAUGGAAAGAUUUGGCGCAGGCCUUUAUGAAGCAGUAUAGACAUGUGAUGGAUAUAGCACCCGAUCGAAUUGUAUUGCAAAACAUGGAAAAGAAGCCUAAUGAGAGCUUGAGACAAUAUGCUCGAGAGAUGGAGGGAAGUGGUCAUAAGUUCAACCACCACUUUUAG